ACCAGUGAAGAUCGUAUUAAGUGUUUAGAAAAACGUUUCUUCCAAGACGAUUGCACUUUGCAUCGCGAUGAGUGAGCAAAUCACGUACACCGUAGCAACUAACACCGAUCGCGAUUCCGUGCGUGAUGCACUGAUAACGUUCUACUACCCGGAGGAACCGUUAACCACUGCCCACCGUAGUGGCGCCGAAGUAACGCCGGACGAUCUGGAGAAUAGUUUGGCGUUCAUCGACAAGGGUACCGUUAGUUUGGCUCGUCUGCAGCCGGGUACUGUGGUAGGCAUAGCCAUCGGUUCACCAUCCGAUGCUGCCCUACAUGUGCCGAUCCGUACACGCAAAUUCGGGGACAUUGUUGCGUUCCUCGAUUGGGUAGCGCAAAGCAGCGUUGCCAUGGGACCGCGACCGAGCUACAACAUGCACUGCCUAGCCGUUCACCCAGCCUACCGUGGCCGUUCGAUCGGGCGCGGAUUGGUCGAGCAACAGAUGCUGUUAGCGAAGCGUGUCUGUCCUCAGCUCGGCGCGUUUACGGCGGAUGCGACGGCCCGCGCUUCGGAGCGACUGCUGAAACGGUUAGGUCUGUGCGAAAUAGGUCGCCUGCGCUUCGAUGAGUAUCGUGACGAACGGGAUGAUCGCGUGUUUGAUCAGUUGCCCGAUGCAGUAGUGGUAACGAUGGAAAAAGCAUUAUAAGAAAUACAGAAAAUCGGAUACCUCUUGGAACUAGCCAC